AUGGCAGCUGUGGAAGAGAUUGGGACUGUGAACCUUGUUCAUCAACCUUCUGCAUAUGAUUCAGAAGAGGAGGAAGAAACCCUUUCGCUACGCGAUCUCCCCUUAACCACAGCCACCACCAGCAGCAGCAGCAGAAGUAUUGCUUGGGAUGAAAGUCAUCAUGAUCAUGACCAUGAACAAGAUGUGUUUGAGUUCUUCAAUCCUUCUUCCUCCACUUGCCAUGAUGAAGAAAACCAGGACAAGGGAAGCAUCAUGUUCUGUGGGAAGAUCAUCCCACACAGGAAACCUCAUCAGGGGAACAACAACAGCACAGACGAAACGAGCACGAUUGUUAACAGUAAGAACAACUUCAAUAGGCGGAGAUCAUCGUCCCACAAUGAACCUAGACCGGCGGAGUAUUAUUCCAGGCAACAGCAAGUGAAAAGGUUAUGGUCAUUACCACUGCCACGAUCACCCCGUCCACCACUGCCAUCAGCAGCCAGAGUGUCGAUGAAAUCGAGGUGGUAUGUGCUUGCAUUUGGAGCGGGGAAGUUUCCAGCGAAGAUGGAGCUUGAUGAUAUGAAGUUCAGGCAGAGCAAGAAGUUAAGCAGCAGUAUGAAGCCCGACGAUGAAGGAAGGAAUCGAGCAGUGGUGAAGAAGGUCGAGGGGAGUAGGAACAAGAAGAGCUUGUGGCCGGGGUUGCUUGGGGUUUUGGGCUGCAGUGGAGAAGAAGGCAGUAGGGCUAUGGUUAAAGCCUCAUUUGUCUGCAUGCCGUUACCGACUGUGUGA